AUGAAGCUGCUCAUUGUGCUCUGCGCUCUGGUCGCCGGCGCCACCGCCGGACUCAUCCGCACCUCAUCUGGCUCUGGCUGGGGCUCCAAUCCGUGGGGCAGCAGCAGCAGUGGCUGGAGCAGCGGCCACAGUGGUGGUGGGUGGAACAACGGCUGGUCCUCCCAGCCCCAGGUCAUUAAAGUAAUCAAGAUCGGCGGCGGCGGAGGCGGCUGGGGCGGCAGCAGUGGAGGAGGCUGGGGUAACUCUGGCGGCUGGGGCAACUCUGGCGGCUGGGGCGGCAGCAGCAGCUCCAACAACGCCUGGGGCGGCAACAGCGGCUGGGGCAAUGGAUGGUCCGGCUCCGGCUCCAACAGCGGAUGGUGGUGA